CCUCCUAUAGAAAUUUUGCGAAUCCAUGCUCAAAUUAUUGGAGAUCAGAAUCAUUAAGAAACAAACAUACGUGUAAACUUAGCGUUUCAAGAUGGCGACGUCCAGUGUGGCCGAUCAGAAAGGGCACGAAGAGGGAGAGGAUCAAUCAGUAUUGAUGGAGGGAAAAGUCAUGUCAGUAGCCGACACAAACGAGAUCCAAGUAGCUCUUGAUCGUGGUGAGCAUGUCCAGACGACCCUAGAGGUUGUUCCCAGCGAAGUCCUGCUGGAAGUGCUGUCGUUUGUGCUGGACAAGUGGCUGUUGAACUGCGCCCUGGUUUGCCGGGAGUGGAGGGAUGUGGUCGCCAGCCAAACAUUCUGGCGGAAGAAGUGCCUGAGGACCCGGCGGUUUAUUGAGAAAUACAUGGCGCCGUACUAUCCGAAGGAUUGGAGAGAAUUCUACUUCAAAUCUCCGUACACGAGGAAUCUUAUCAAGAACCCAAGCGGGAAAGAUGGGCGGGAAGCGGGUUGGACCAUCACAUCUGAUGGCGGAGAUGGUUGGUUGGUUGAAACCACCGAUGGGGGAUCGGACCCGAAACCAGACGAGCUGCGGGCCAUCAGUGACGGCAGUCCUCACCAGUUUGCCACAUCCUUUGGUUGGUGUAAACGCUUUCAGGGCAUCGACCUUGUGGCCGAGGGCAUCUCCGCCGCCUUUCUGGACGAAGUCCGGCCUGAUAUAUAUGUCUCAGAGUGGUAUGCGCCACGUUUUGACUGUGGCAGUGUUUACAAGCUCAAGGUGAAAUUAAUGAAGGAGAGAAAUGAUGAAAAACCCGAGGAUGUCAUUGACGAGUUUACGUUUGAACUGACCACUCCUCAGUGGGCCCCACAUGACUGGAAGCAGGUGAGUCAUGUGUUCACAGGCUAUGGACCUGGGCUACGCUUCAUACAAUACAAGGACUCGAGCAAAGAUACUCAGUUCUGGAAGGGACACUAUGGCUCCAAGAUGGCCGGCUCUGUUGUCAGGGUCCAGCUCGAGUAGGACACGCGGGAGUCAUGGCAACAGUCCAGGGGCUUAUGGGUAACGGAAUUCACUCUGAUUAUGGAUACUAGGACAUAAGCGUAGAUACACAGUUCUGGAAGGGGCACUAUGGCUCCAAGAUAGCAGGCUCUGUUGUCAGGGUGCAGCUCAAGUAGGACACUCAGGAGUCAUGGCAACGGUCCAGGGGCUUAUCAUUAUGGGUAACGGAAUUCACUCUGGUUAUGGGUACAAGGACAUAAGCAAAGAUACUCAGUUCUGGAAGGGGCACUAUGGCUCCAAGAUGGCGGCUCUGUUGUCAGGGUCCAGCUCAACUAGGAUACUCAGGAGCCAUGGCAACGGUCCAGGGGCUUAUGGGUAAUGGAAUUCACUAUGGAUACAAGGACAUAAGCAAAGAUACCCAGUUCUGGAAGGGGCACUAUGGCUCCAAGAUGGCGGCUCUGUUUUCAGGGUCCAGCUCAAGUAGGACACGCGGGAGUCAAGGCAACGGUCCAGGGGCUUAUGGGUAAUGGAAUUCACUCCGAUCAUAGGUGCUCUGCAUAUUUUUAAACGAAUGGCUGCAUUGUGCAAUUUUGUUCUGAGCAUUUCAAACCCUUAAAUGAUAAACUGCUG